GGUUUGUUAAGGCAUCGCCCUCUCCCCGCCCCCGUUUGCUCGGACAUCAGGGGCUCCUCGUUGCAAGAAAAAGGCGCGCGCGACUGCUGACCGCACAGAGUCCCUUCCUGCCGCCGAGUGCUUUGCUUAGCCGAGCCCAGGGCUUGCCAAAGAUCCGCACGCAGCAAAGGCACGAGGACCCGGCAGGAAGCCGAGCUGGGGAUUACGCGGCUUAUUUAAGGAGGCUCCCAUCUGCGAGACGCUCGAGCGGAGCCCAGAAAUAAACCUCCCCGCUUUCCCUCCCCGCUGCCUCCUCCUCGUCUGCUACCUUCAGGAGCGGACUUUUCCAAAGACGCUAUUCCGAGGGGGGACGUUCCUCCGAGCCCCCGCUCUUAAUCCUCGCCCAGCGAGGCACCCCCUCCCUCAUACACAAAUCUCGCUUCAGCAUCUCCAAAGGUAAUUCUGGACGGUCCUCUCCGGCGCAGGAGCCAGGCGGCCGUUCAGUUCUGUGAGCUUCUGCCUCCCCCCUCUUCCAUCCCGGCAAUGGUGCGUCCUGCUGGAAGGACUCUUCGCGGCCGCCCCGGACUGUUCAACGUUGCCAGUGUGCUGGCAGCUCGCUAGAGUUGCGGUCGGGCGACUGGCUCGGGGAAGCCGCGGCUGCUGUCCUGUUUACUUUCUCUCUGUGUGUGUUUGGUGGCUCUCUCGCUCUUUGCUCCUUCCUUGUCUCUCACUCACUUCUUUGAAAUUUUUGCCUCUGAACAUUUUCUUGAUUGGUAACACCAGGACUAUAAAGGAAUACUUUGACCUCAGUUUGGCCUCCUCAUCUAGUGGGCAGAACGGAAUAGCAGACUCACACUCCUCAAACACCAUUACUGGUGUCAAGAUGUCCCUAAAGGUGCAGACAAGUAACAUCACAAAUAAGAAUGAUCCCAAGUCCAUCAACUCCAGAGUCUUCAUUGGAAACCUCAACACAGCUGUGGUCAAGAAGUCAGAUGUAGAGACCAUCUUCUCCAAGUAUGGCAGAGUGGUGGGCUGCUCUGUUCACAAAGGCUAUGCAUUUGUACAGUACUCCAAUGAGAGGCAUGCACGGGCUGCUGUCCUGGGGGAAAACGGAAGAGUGCUUGCUGGGCAGACACUAGAUAUAAACAUGGCUGGAGAACCAAAACCCAACAGACCCAAAGGGCUGAAGAGAACAGCAUCCGCCUUGUACAGUGGCUAUGACUUUGAUUACGACUACUACAGAGAUGAUUUCUAUGACAGACUGUUUGAAUAUCGAGGACGGGUCUCACCUGUUCCUAGAGUGGUUCCUGUGAAGCGUCCACGAGUGACAAUUCCUUUAGUAAGGCGUGUAAAGGCAACCCUGCCAGUCAAGCUCUUUUCGCGAUCUGCUGCCAUUGCACACAGUUCAGCCAAAUUAAAAUUGAAAUGCAACGAACUACAGACAAUCAAAACAGAGCUGACACAGAUCAAAUCUAACAUUGAUGCUCUUCUGGGAAGAUUGGAACAGAUUGCUGAACAACAGAAAGCAUCUACAGAGGUAAGAAAGAAAGCAGAUGGAAACAAAAGCGAGCUCUCCCAAGAAGACACAGCAUCAGAGGCAGAAAUUAACACGGAGGAGCUGCUAAACAGGGAGGAGGGCGAAGAGGAAGGCCUGGUGCAGGAUGACUGUGAAGACGAAUUGGAGAAUAGCCAUUAUACAGAUGUGGAUGACUCCAGCCUACAGUAACCAGCAUGCCAUUCAGCACAGCCGCCAUGGAAAACCCGGGGAGACAGCAAGAGAUUUAAGUCCUGCCUUGGCAUGUUGAUCCAGACAAGCAUAACAUGCUGGACUGUCAUCUUCUCCACCUGGCAUCCAAAAGGAGAAAUAUGGACCCAUAUCUCUGAGCCAUUUUGUAGUACUCAGCAAACUAGUUGUCCCAGUGGAACCCCACCACUGCUCCCAACCCACCCUUGUUCUACAGACGAAAAGCCCUGCUGCCAGCAAGCGUCACUUGUUCCGUGAUUCUUAGCAGCCAAAUACUAGAAUUGAUUUUAUAUUGGCAGACAAAGAUCUUGGGGUUUUUUCUAGCACCAAGUGAAGCAAGAAAUAUACAGGCUGUCUAAAGAGUCUUGUUCCCAAGACAGAUGGGGGCAUGACACUGGCGAGAGAGAGAAAUCACUACAUAUGAUUUGUUUUUGCUAUUAAGAUCGUAAGCACCACUAGGGAUGCCACCUCCUAAGCAACUUUAGACCUGCACCACCAUCACUGGGGGGAAAGAAUACACAAGCAUUUGGAGCAUGUUGGUUUCUAUACAAGAUCAUGGACAGAGAACAUGGCCAUUGAUGGGUUAUUCCUGAAUGUUUACAAACCCUCUUUAUUCAUUCAGUUUCCUACAGAUCACAGCAGGCUAACAGCAAGUGGUAGAUCUAGAAGAAGAGUUUGGAUUUAUACACCACCUUUCUCUCCUGUAAGGAGACUCAAGGUGGCUUACAAGCUCCUUUCCCUUCCUCUCCCCAUAACAGACAC